AUGUGGCGUCACGUCUGCUCAUCUGCGGGCGCUGAGCAACGCCGAUCGUGCCCCUCCGUUCUCCCUCAUUGUCGCAGCACCGACUUCAACCAGCGUCAGCCGGACGUUUCACACGAAGCAUCAAAUGCAGCAGGCACAAAGAGUAGCACCUCGCCACACACGAGAGGCGUCAACAAGAAGCCACGAGUCCCGUUGGCGGCUGCAAGCAUCAGCGGCACAGCGUCCACGUCCAGCAGUCUCGCCGUCUUUCGAUGCGGCAGCCACUCAACACUACCCGCCGUCAGCGCCUCAUAG